GAAACAUCGCUUCAGUCUUAAAACAUAAUCAUAUAUGGACCAUCAAAAGUCCAAGAAAAAACGCAAAGCUUACUACCGAAAAUGUGCUUUUGGUUCAAAAAAAUCUCGUCUGAAUGAUCAAAACGAUAGUGUGUCAUGCAUUCCGAAAAAUUUACAACCCGGCAUGACCGGUUAUAUAUUAACUUACAAUCAACAGCAACGAUUAGCACAUAUUGAGACUUAUCGUUUGUUAAAUCAUACUUUAGAUGAGAUUUCUAUUGAAAAGCAUAUUAGUGGAGCAUCUAAAAUCAACAGUCCUGUAAAUACAAAUAAUGAAUUAGUUGGUUCUGAACCUAAUAAUAUGGUUAGUGAUGAAAAGAAUGAUGAUACUGAUGACUUAUACUCACAGUUACUACGUGAAAAUUGUUCAAAAUAUCCUGCCAAUUCAAAAAAUAAAUUUGGUUUCUACUCUGUGAAAACACAUAUCAGUAACUGUUCUUUUAUUCUUCAUCAGACUAAUUUACUUAGUGCUGCAGAACUUUGUAAUCGUGUAUUCGAAAGACUACUCUCGACUUCCAAUGCAGAGUCUCGUUAUGUUCUUCGUUUGAUGCCUGUUGUAAACACAUGUCGGUCAGAUUUGCCGUCGCUCGAAAAUUGUGUGCUAAAAGCGUGGUCGAACUUCCUUGGCCUAGCGUCAUGUAAAAUAAAUACAAAAUGUUCUAAAGUUGAGGUACCUCUAGACCAGUCAAAUGAUGAAGAAAACGCAAAUAAUGAUGACGAGUCCUCAAUUUUACAUGUCCCAAAACAGAUUGCUUGUGAAUCUACAUUGAAUGGAUCGAAGACGUUUAUGAUUGUGUUCAAAUCUCGUGGUUUCAAAGCUAUUACCCGUGAUGAUGCUAUACGCAGUACAUUUGAAGCAAUCAAAUCAGUUGAUUCAUCUUGGAAUUUAUGCAAUUCAUCGCCUUCAGUUGUUGUCUCAAUAACUGUCCUGUGUAAGGUGACUUGUAUCAGUUUGUUGGAAAAUUUCUUCAAAUAUCGUAAAUACAAUAUAGCAGAAGUUUGCUCACCAUCAACUCAAUAUGACUGUACAAAUAACAUAAAAAAUGACGAAUCCAAAUAAAAUUUGUUUUGCCAUGCA